AUGGGGAGGUGUUUCUACUAUUUGUUAGGAAAAGUUCUUCUCCAUGGAAAUGCUGGGAUAUCUAGAAGUGCUGCAUUAAUGAUUGCUUUCAUCAUGGAAACAUAUGGAUUAAACUAUAGAGAUGCAUUUCAUUAUGUGCAGCAAAGAAGAUUCUGUAUUAAUCCCAAUGAAGGUUUUGUUCAACAACUAAUGGAAUAUGAACCAAUUUAUUUAGCCAAUUAUCAAGCAAGAAAAUCAGGAGAAAGAUUAAAUCAGUCUGGUGGGGUGAAACGAGCUCAUGAGGAUGAACCAAGAGAUGACAUGAUGGACACGUGAUAACUGUUGUUCCAUGGCAGAGUUUAUUUUGCUUAGUACCAGUAAACAGAAGCACAAAGUAACGUGUGUACAAAGACAGCAUCUCUGAUGUUCAUGGGGCAGACAGUCCAGGCAGAAAGCCAUAACACAAGAUCUGAUCUUCAGAAGGACAUUGGCCCAAAUUGCAUCAGUUAGCUAUAAAGUUAAUAUAUGGUUACAUACAUCAAAAAUGCAGAGAACUAGUUGGUAAAUGUUAGGCAAUUUUAUCAUCAUCCAUAGCUGCCUUUUCUUUGAACUGUUAAGGACUAUGUUUUUUUUCAGUGAAAUCAUGAAUAGGGCAUUGUUUUAAUUAAUGUUAAUGAAAUUACUAAUAUUUACCAGACCGAGUGUUGUAUUACGGUAACUUUUUAACUCCCAAACUUUAUUGUCAAUUCUCUUUCUUGCUGGUACACAUUUCCUUCAAAAAUUUGGUUUUAGAUCAAGAUAACAACUUCUACCUGAUAAGUUUGUGUGUUCUCAUUCCCCUGAAUAGUGUUUGCUUAUUGGUUGCUCUGUUUCCUUUUUUGUGCAGAAAAACGCAAAUUUAUAAAUGAGUAUUUUAAAACGAUUUAUUUUUCAACUGUUAAGUGACUGCGCCUACCUAGGCUGGACUAGGAAUCGCAGAGGAAAGCAGUAUAUUGUGGUUUAUCGGAUGACGAGGAUUGAUGUUGAUAUUUUCAUGUUGAUUUUUUCGUUAAAAACAAGAGCUACAGGCGAUGAUUAAAAAAUUUGUUAAGUGUUUUUAUUUUAAAAGAUCGAUUUCUAACAAAUAAAAUCCUAGAAGUGACUCAGCUUACUAUCUAUUAGAUGGCUGUCUGAA